CAUUUUAUACAAUAUUUCGAUGCUCUUGUUUCAUCUCUACGAAUAUUGACAAAUUUAAAUAUUUUGCAACAUUUUCUUUUCUCUGUUUCGUCAAAACAAAAGUAUAAAUAUAAUAAUUGUUUCUAUAUACUCUUAUUUCAUUUUAGACUUUAGUUGACAUGAUAAAAUUGAGAAUCGCCGCGUAUGUCUAAGAGUUCUAAAAGGGCAAUCCGAUUUCCCUAAAAAAAAUGUUAAAAAAGAAAAGUCUCAACGCUGAAGAAAUUAACAAUCAAAAUUCAAGAAACAGGAGGAAAACGUCAUUAAGUUUACCGUAUGAACCAGUGGCAAAAUGGGAGGGAAAGAUAUAUAAACUCGUGGACGGUACAAACUUCGAUCAAUAUAUGGCGGCUCUCGGUGUUGGUCCUGUUUUGCGCAAAAUUGGAAAUUCUGUACGACCGGUUAUAGCAUUACGUAAGAAUGGCAUAUAUUACUCACUCAUAACAGCUUCUGACUUUACCACGACCAUACAACGCUUUGAACUGUGUGUACCCUUCGAUGAGUUCACUUUGGACGGACGUCAAAUGCGGACCACCUUCUCGCUGUACAACAACGUAUUGAUUCAGCAUCAAAUGGGCAAUAUUCCUUCAACUAUAGUACGGGAGUUCCACGAGGACAAAAUGAUCGCCAAAUAUAUGGUGAAAGAUGUUGAGGCUGUGCGUGUGUUCCAAGCAGCAGAUGAGGAAAUGUGUAGACUGAUUUGGGAGGCAAAUGUCGCUAAAAGAUAUCAAAUAUAGAUAGGUAUAUUAAAUAGACUGCGUGUUUAUGGAGUGUAGGAAGUCGCAGAUAUUCAAGACCAUCACAAAACCCAUUUUAUAAAUAUUUAGAAAAUGCACAAACGAAAAGCAUAUUGUGCGCAAUAUUAUGCAACAAUAUUAAUGUUCACCGAUGUUUUGUGUGAAUGUGUUUUAGCAAGCAUUGAUCAUCAAACCAAAAUGUUAGCCAUUAAAUAUAAAAUGAGGAUUUUAGGGACACAAAUCAAAAUUUUCGAGAUCGAGUUUAGCUGUUAUGACUUGUGGUUACAGAUUUAUCGCAGAGUAAUGCAAGCACACAUGUUUCACAUUGCACUUUACCGUAAGUUAUUGUCAACAUUGUAGGGCAUUAGUAGUAAUAUAAUAGAUUUGGCACUUCUAAAUUCAUGUACAUAAAUUCAUACAUCACUAUGUUAAUAAAGUUUUGUCCAAUCUACAGAGUUUUAUUCGUAACGAGUGUUCAGCGUUUAAAGGUCUUUCGUUAGCAAUCGAACAAACCAAAUAAAUAAGACUAAGUUCGACUAAGUUCGUUUGAAAUAUUUA